AUUGCAAAACGCGUUCGAGUGACGGUGGUCGCCGCAGUCCUUGAGCGCUCCUUUCCAGGAUCCAUUGGCGGCGGCUGCCACUGUAUGCGUGCACGGGCUGGCGGCCGCCAACGCUGUGCGCCCACUCGCGCGGUCCUUGUGUGACGCAGCGCGCUCAAAGAGGGUCAACAAGGAGCGCCGCCUCUGCGUGCUUUCGGCGGUCGUGGAAGCACAGUCGCACCAUGGACGUCCGACGUGAGAACCGCUGUACGAGUGUCGGCUCCUUCUAGAAGUACAUACGUGUUGUGAACCGCGCGCGAAAGACAGCGGCGAUCGUGCUGCUCUCUUGAACCGCCCCGAGUCCUCUCUCCUCGCCUCCGCCUUUGCAGGUCUUGUGGUCAUUGCGGGUCUUUGCAACGUGUGCGACUUAGUUGUGUCCCGUACAACUCUGAAGAUCUCUUCGAUCUUGCUCGCGUUGCGAACUUUCUUUUUUUAACCCUCGCCGAGCGAUUUUCGUGACGUGCACCGUAUAAACUGCCAAGUCUGACACUGCGUUCUGCGAAGGAGAAAUUUCCCCGCUGGUGUUCGAGUUGGUCCAAAGAUCAGCGCUGCUUGGUAAACCUCGUGGACUGUUGACUUCCGCUGCGGGACGUCCCAAACUGUAUUCCCGACUACUACUGUGGUGUGUAUAGCAGUUUUUGGAACGGUCGUUAAGUAGCCUCGUUGGACCCAUAUAGAAGGACGCUGUUAUAGGUUGCCCACGCAUCUGCUUUUCUUUCUCUGCGGCCAUUAGACUAGUCCCAGCCAGCCAGCCAGCAUGAAUACGGUGCGCACACGCAAGCGUCUUCAGGAACUGUUCGACGCCGAACGACGCCGGCUGCGCAGUCCCAGCCCGAGGCCUACGAGCCCCAUGGGCUCGACCAUCAUCAGGACUCACAGCCCGGCAUGCAGGAUGGCGUCGCCAUCCCCGCCUCCGCGAUCCCCCGUGGGACCCGGCAAGACUUACCAGCACUACUGGGAGUACUCUGCGAAUCAUGGAAACCAAAACCAGCAACAGCAGCAGCAGGCGGCACAUGCGACUGAUGAGCCACGAAAGCCAAAGUUCGUGCAGGUCACCAACUUGGAGGAUGCCCAGGUGGUGCGUGCCUGUGACUUCCAUCCUAGUGGGCAGUUCUAUGCUGUUGGCUCCAACUCCAAAACGCUUCGCAUCUGUGGCUACCCAACCAUCACUGACCUCAGGGAAGGAGACGUGGCCCACCAGCCCACUGUGCUGUUCAAGCGACUGAAGCAUCACAAGGGCUCUAUCUAUUGCCUGGCUUGGAACCAGACUGGGGACCUCUUGGCGACCGGCUCCAAUGACAAGACAAUCAAGCUGAUGCGCUUCAAGUCUGAGACAUGUGCCCUUGACACUGGUGGAGAGGCAGAGCUGACGAUGCAUGAUGGUACUGUCCGUGACGUCUGCUUUGUGGAGGACCUAAGCAACAGGUCAAGCCUGCUCAUCAGUGGUGGAGCAGGAGACUGCAAGAUCUACGUCACUGACUGCGAGACCGCCACGCCUUUCCAGGCAUUGUCUGGUCACUCGGGUCACGUUCUGUCCUUGUACACAUGGGGAGGAGCCAUGUUUGUGAGUGGCUCUCAAGACAGGACCAUCCGCUUCUGGGAUCUGCGCACCAGAGGCUGUGUCAACCUAGUGACUGCACCACCAGCAAGCGGAAGUGGCCCUGGGAGCCCAGUGGCUGCUGUGGCUGUGGAUCCUUCUGGGCGCAUGCUGGUCUCGGGCCACGAGGAUGCCACUUGCAUGCUGUACGACAUACGAGGUGGCCGCACCAUCCAAACGUUCCGACCCCAUUCGUCUGACCUGCGGUCUGUGCGCUUCUCACCACGAGCUUACUACUUGCUGACGGCAUCGUAUGACCGCAAAUGCGUCCUCACCGAUUUGCAAGGUGACCUGACGCAGCCUUUGCCCAGCGUGGUAGUUGCAGAGCAUGCAGACAAGGUCAUCCAGGCCCGCUGGCACCCCAGUGACUUCUCUUUUGUCAGCACCAGCGCUGACAAGACAGCCGUCCUCUGGGCCCUGCCAGUCAACUGAAGGGCUCCCCCAUCGCACAAUUGAAAGGAAACACCCUCCAUCGGGUGUGGGUGCUCGGACUCUAGGCCCUGUGAUAAACCUCGCUAACCCUGUCUCUGCCCCGCCUCCUCCCUCACUUUUUAGUUUAUUUUCACCAACUUUGCAUUGAUGCCCAUACCGCCAUAACUCUCACUUUCUGGCCUGUCCAUGUUUUUAUCUGGUAGCCCAGUUCGUCAUUGAAUUGUCGUUACUUUGUCUUGCAGGUUGCGCACUGCUAGUGUAGUGAUCAAAUCAAAAUGCAUGUUUUUUGCAACUGUGGCGAUAUGCUAAUAUCAUGAUUGCUUUAUCACUGACUGCCACACUUCUGUGUGUAGACAUGUUGCUGAUUACGUGUUCAUUCAACUCGCAGCUCUUUCCUUGAGCAUGUCCACCUGUGUCAGAACAGUCAUAUUUGUUCUGUGUUAUUAUGUGCUAUGGAAGGCUAUUUUUUAAGAGCUUUGACAGCAUCAUCUAGUUUGUUACUAAAGUUUUUAAAAAUGUGCUUCAUUUGUGCCCAGAAGAUUGUUUAAUGUAUGUUCAUACUGCAAAACAGCGGGCAUGAGCUAGAGAAUGAGCUGAAAGUGUCCAUCCAUAUACAAGAAUUUCAAACACUUCUCAUAAAACAUAAAAAGUUGCAUGGUGGUACGGGGAACUCGAAUCCAAUUUCAUAGCUUAUGGUUCAAGAAAAUUAAACAAAGAUAUUUGACAAGGACAAAGCAUCAUUGUGUUCAAUGAGUAUUCAAGCCUUUUGCAUUUCCUUAAAUGUUACCUUUUUCGAAAAUGAUAUAUACAAGCUUGAGCAGCAGUGAUGGUUUUGCAAGAUAUGACGUAGGUGCUGGGAGGCUCUAUAUGUAAGGUGGCUCUCUAAGAUGGCGCAGAAACUGGAAAAUAAUCGGAGCCGUAUGUGAUGUGUUUCAUCAGAACAGUAUGGGAGUACAGCCUGCUUUGUGUUCUCAAGAUUAUGUGGGAGUCUAAGCGUAUUGAGGAGUUAGGGGGCCUGUACCUGCUGCUCACAGUAAUCCAUGAAAGGAAUACUAAACUGAAACACUGAAUCAUUUUAAACUGAUGAGGUAUGUCUUAAAAACUUUGUUUUCAUUAAUUGUGCAAUAAUGUGUUGAUUACUGUCGAACCUCAUUAUAAUGAAGUCGCAGCUGCCACAAAAAUUACUUUUAGCUUAGGCUGCUCUUAAAAAAAUGGCCAUGUCAAGCAUAUGAGAGCUAGGUGUUUACAAUAGUACUUUUGGCAAAAAGCAAAUAUUGCAUGUUUAAGUGCUUUAUUGUUCUGUGAGAAAGAAUGUGUCGGAGCAUUAUGCAGACAUGGCACCUUACCACCCCUAUCAUGUGGGCACGCCAAGCACUAAUUUUAUAAAUUACCACUUUCUUAACGCCACCUCCUGAAUCUGUCCAUCCUGUAGCUGUGCAACUGUGAUUAACAGCGUUUGCACCUAAAAGCCUUAAAUGUGUACCCAAAAUUUAAAGCCUUUUUAAAGCUUCGAGAAGCAACCUCACCUGCACUGCUGUUCAUCUUGAAGAGAAUAUAGAUCCUGCUAAGAGGGAACUGCAUUGAAUUAAAUAAAUCUUAAGAUAUUCUUAACACUUGGGCAUAUAUAUUACUUUACUAUUGCAAUUUCAUAGGCUGUUCGCACUGUUAUUGGAAAGUCGUGAAUGGUACCAGCAGUGGAACUGACAUUGCUGCAGGCCUUAUUUUGUUUCCUUCACUUGGUAGUGUCUUCAUUUUCUUAAUGUCGACUUUUGUGUCACUCUUGCCUUUGGCCAAAAAGCACAGCUAUUCAUUGCGCACACCGGCAUGUUGGCAUUUCAUGAUCCACCAGCAAUAUUUUGGUGAGUCUCAACUGGUAUUGUAGUCGCAACUGGUAUUGUAGAAGCAGUAUGUUCUCAAAGUGUUGACUUUUUUUGCACAUACGCCCACCCCGCCACAUACAUUUAAGAAAGUAGAAGCUGCAAUGCUCACCAUACACGUUUUUCGCAUGGUAAAUUUUCAGUGCACAUAUUUACUUGGCCAUCUGUGUGUCUUUCCCUUUCUUUUUCCUCUCUUUUUUUUCAACUAUGCUGCUGCAUUCAGUUUUGAUGGCAAUGCUUGCAGUUUUCAUAGCUGCUGCAAGUCUAAUUUUGAACUUAGCUACUAACUAGCAGAAGUGCUGACAGUAACAUCGCAUGUAUAAGAGAGGGCUUUGGUAGUGCAGGCUGCAGAACAGUAGAGGAAGACAAUGUUCAUUUGCAAGGAGAAGAAACAGAAUUCACUGCUACUGAUACACUGUGAUUACAAUAUUCUAUGAUUUUGCCUUGCAAUCUGUCACUUAAUGUUUAUGCAUAGUGGUGCAUAUAAGGUGCAUGUCUGUCCUACUGCAGGGCUGAAGGAAAGGCUUCUUGAUCACUGGUCACUUCUAUAAAGCUUUCAUUGGUGCCAAUCUACAAGGCUAGAAGUAGUGUUAGAAAGUUUGCAUUUGAGCCAUGUUGUCUGUAGCUGCGCCCUAAAUCCUUUCUGUUUCUGGUCUUCUGCGAAAACCAAAAGAUGUUUCACAAGUGCCUUGUGACACUGGUGUGUGUGAAUGCCACUCGGAACAGCCUUUGGUGGGUUUUGUAUCGGCCAUUACUGUGGAAGAAGUCAGCACGUCCAGUUUUAGUAAUGUUGGUGGGCAAUAUUCGAGGUUAUCGGUGGGGCCAGCAGUGUUCCACUUAAGCAUCUUGUGUUAUAUGAACUAGAUUAGUUAGGGAAGUAUCACCGUGGUGCGCAACCUUGCAAGUACACGAUAUUUAAAAUUUUUAAACGAGGUCAGGUCCGCUCGGGAGUAAUACUUUGGGUAACCUACUUAAGGAGUGGCCAUCCAUACUAUUUUUAACCGCGGUACAUCUUAGAUUUAUUACUUUCCCAGCUGCAUCAAGAAUAAACUUCUGUGCAAUAGUGUGCAUAAGUUGUGUAUGCACUUGUCUUUGGUUGUGUGCUUUGAGUUUGUAGCCAUGUUAAUGUAGAUGCAGUGUGGAAAGGAUUACUUGAGUGAUGAUUUCUUUUGCUUGUUUACGUAGGUGCAGCAGUAUAAUUAUACUUAAUAAUAAGGGAAAGUGAACAUGCACUCAUGGUGUUUGAUAUUGAUUAAUUAUUGCACAGAUGUAUUCUAGACCUGUUUCACACCCUCCGCCCCCCUCCCCCCCCCCCCCCAUGUAUCUUGUUUUGUACUUUAUUUCUACUUACAAACCUGGUGACAGAGAUUAGGGCUCCGUGAGUGAGCACUGCGCAUUUACCCAACAUGGAAGGGUCACAAUAUCUAUGAACACUCGAGUUUACAUUGAGCAGAGGUCCCCUUGUGUGAGGAAUGCUGCCCAAUUAUAAUCGGACAGGCUUCAGUAUGCUUAUUGGCUUGCAUACCGUGAAAGCUGCAGCAACCUAUCAAACAGUGCUUGAGAGAAUGCUUUUUGCAUGAAGGUGCCAUGAAUUAUCAUUCUAGAGCUGGUAUAAAACUUUAUUUCUUGUUGCUUGCCACCAAGUGUGUCAUGCAUCUGUAGUGUAGUGAAAUUUCACUUUUCAGUGUUUCCAAGAGGUCUAUUUAUGUCAGAGUAUGGUAAAACGGAGUAUGCAUACCUGGGAAUCUCUCCUGCAGUGUUUUUAGCAUACGUAAGGCAGUGACGUUUUUACUUUUUAUUUUUGUUUUCUGUUUUGCCUUAGAUCCUAGAUCAUGUUUUUACUUGAUGCUUAUUGUUGUGCGGUAUCUACUCAAAUAUGAGGAAACACUUCUACUUGUGCCAUCAAGCUUGAAAAAAUUUGACAUAGUGGCUUGAAACGCAACCUAAAUAUAUAUGAUGUAAGCAAGAAAUUGCAUUGUUUGGAUCAGUUUUUUUAUGCAAGCUUGUUGCACAGGUAAGAAGGGUUUGUCCAUAUUCAGUUUUAGCUUAUUUGAAGAGGCAUAUUGUGUACACCUUUGAAGCCACCAGAGCACUGCAUGGUUUCCCUCCUUGUCUUUUACAAAGGAAUCAGUUUCGGCAAAGGGGCAUGGCGACUUACGUUAAGGUGUUGGAGUGAAAUCGUUUAUAUACGGAGACACAGUGUUUCGCACAUUCAGGCCAGUUUCAACAGAUCUGCUGCACAUAGCACAGCAAUUUGUCUUUUAUUGUACAUAUAAUUUUCUUUUUUUUUUGCUUUUUGCAUGUCAACAUAAUUUAGUUGUACAAAUAUUUUGCCUACCAGCUGUGGAAUUUGUAUGACAUGCAAUGGCGGCUUGUAUAGCUUGUAAUAAACAUCAGCAUAAUAAACAUUGCUUUUUUGAACUGCCUCGGAA